AGCAGUGAUAACACAAUAAUCCUAACCAAAAAGCAUGCUGUGGCUGUGAAUGCUAGGAAUAACCGUACGUUUUCGGAUAACAUCAAGAUUUAUAAAUAUUUGUGCAUUAACAAUUUUUUCGGUAUAAUAUCUGAUUUACAAUGCGGCUUGGGUUGACCCUGUUAGGCUACGUUUGCAGAAUACCAUAUAGAUACAGAGGGAAAUACCGAAAAGUUAAGAAACCAUCUAUGCAUGAUUUGCUUAAGAUGAAGCAAGACUUCGAGAGGGAAGAGCAGAAUAUGUUGAUUCUACGGCAUCCCUAUCUCACGGUUGAACAGUCUAGCGGCCACAUGAAGGAUCUGAUUGGAGACAGGAAGGACAACUUUUUAAAGAAGAUAUAUGGUGAAAAGGACGCCAAAUUCCAGAAAGAGAUCACGAUCGCCGAACGUCUGUGCCAUAUGAGAGUCACAGAAGCGUGGGACUAAGGCUUCCUACAGACAUGUGUAAUUACGUUUUGUAGAUCACUUUAGGUUUUUGUAAAUUAAAUAAGCAACAAAUUCAACAAUGACAUUUAA